AUGCAGCACAGGGGGAAGCUGGGCCGGUAUCCUCCAUGGCCAGGAAAGAUUGUUAAUCCACCUAAAGAUUUGAAGAAACCUCGUGGAAAAAAGUGCUUCUUUGUGAAGUUUUUUGGAACAGAAGAUCAUGCUUGGAUCAAAGUGGAGCAGCUGAAGCCUUAUCACCCUCACAAAGAGGAAAUGAUAAAGAUUAACAAGGGUAAGCGCUUCCAGCAAGCUGUGGAUGCUGUAGAGGAGUUUCUUAGAAAAACCAAAGGCAAGGACCAGGCGUCUUCCCAUAACUCCAAUGAAGAGAAGAAUCGGCGUAAUUCCAGUGAAGAAAGAGGCAAGCAAUCUGCUGGUGAAGAGAAACGCAAAGCCAGUUUGUCUGAAGGGAAGUUGAAGAAGGGCACAGGGGAAGGAAAAAAGAGGGUCUCUUCUGUAUCGUCAGAGAGAGGAUCAAAAUCACCUUUGAAAAGAGCCCAGGAUCAGAGCCCCCGAAAGCGGGGGCGUCCGCCCAAGGAUGAGAAGGACCUCACAAUUCCAGAGUCAAGUACAGUGAAGAGAGUGAUGACUGGAACAGUGGCUGGAUUUAAAUGGCCGCCAAGCGUCAGUGAGCCUGUGAAGGACAGUGAUCCACACUUUCAUCACUUCCUGCAAAAAAAAAUGAGCCAGACAGAGAAGCCAGCUGUCUGCUAUCAAGCCAUCACAAAGAAGCUGAAGGUUUGUGAAGAGUUCCUCCAGAGCUGUGCACUCUAUUUUUUCUUUUUUUCCCCCGCAGCAGACAGCACAGCAGUCAAUGGCAGUAUCACGCCUACAGACAAAAAGAUAGGAUUUCUGGGACUUGGCCUGAUGGGAAGUGGCAUUGUCUCCAACUUACUGAAGAUGGGUCACACUGUCACUGUCUGGAACCGGACUGCUGAGAAGUGUGAUUUGUUCAUCCAGGAGGGGGCACGGCUGGGAAGAACCCCUGCUGAAGUUGUCUCCACCUGUGACAUCACCUUUGCCUGUGUAUCAGAUCCAAAAGCAGCAAAGGAUCUGGUACUUGGUCCGAGUGGAGUGUUGCAGGGGAUUCGCCCAGGGAAGUGUUAUGUGGAUAUGUCCACCGUGGAUGCAGAUACAGUCACAGAGUUGGCCCAGGUGAUAGUGUCCCGGGGUGGUCGCUUUUUGGAAGCACCGGUCUCAGGAAAUCAGCAGCUAUCUAAUGACGGGAUGCUUGUGAUCCUGGCAGCUGGCGACAGGGGUUUAUAUGAGGACUGCAGUAGCUGUUUCCAAGCGAUGGGGAAGACCUCUUUUUUUCUAGGUGAAGUAGGCAAUGCUGCCAAGAUGAUGCUGAUUGUGAACAUGGUCCAAGGCAGCUUCAUGGCAACGAUAGCAGAAGGACUGACUUUGGCUCAAGUGACUGGUCAGUCCCAACAGACCCUUCUGGAUAUCCUCAAUCAGGGACAACUUGCCAGCAUCUUCCUGGACCAGAAGUGCCAAAAUAUCUUGCAAGGAAACUUUAAACCUGAUUUCUACCUGAAAUACAUACAGAAGGAUCUUAGAUUAGCUAUUGCACUGGGCGAUUCUGUCAACCACCCAACUCCCAUGGCAGCUGCUGCCAACGAGGUCUAUAAACGAGCAAAAGCAUUGGACCAAUCAGACAACGACAUGUCUGCAGUGUACAGGGCCUACAUCCACUAGGCUGCACCGUUCUUACUGUUAAUACUAUGAUUAUUGAUUAAUAUUAUGAUACUGGGUUUUAACUCUGGACCAGUCCAUCUCUGUCUCUCCAUUUCCUUUUAUACACAGACUUUGAGAUCUGCCACGGAGGCAGCUGCUGUGGUGAGCCUUCCCCUGGUGGCAGAAGGGGGGGAGGAGGGGGCUCGGAUUGUUGCAGUCUAAUUAGGAAAAUCCAUGCCAUGCACUGACAGUCAUGGAACAGAACAGUGGCGGCUUGUUCAGAAGCUCUGAGGCAACUCUACCAGAAAUCUGCUGCUUGGCUACUUUUAUUUUCCUCUUUGUAUGCUUGUCCAAGAUGCUGUUUCUAACG